CCCGCUUACGUCAUCAUCCCGCGUCUGUACGGAAGUGGCACGCAGGCUGGUCCAAGCGUGAGCGGUGUAAAUACAAGGUUUGGCUCAAAUGGCACCGACAGAUCAAAAAACAAAGAAAAGGGAAUUUGCAGCCAAAGAUGGCAACAGGAAAAAAUCCAUAAAUAACGUACAGGGUGUUAAAAAGAAGAAGAAAUGGAUCCCCGAGCACAAAGUAUUCAAAGGAAAUAUUAAAGAAGGUCAAGGGUUUGCUUUUAAAAGGAAGGAAAAAGUCAAACAUGAGUACAACAAGCUGCUGCGCAAGGAGAAGAAGAAGAUGGCUGAGCCCAAAGCUCUGUACAAGGAGGAAUACCCCGAACACCUCAGACAUCUAUACAUUGCAGAGGCACAGAAACUGAAGCAAGAGGCCUGGACCAAUAGAAUUAACAGGAGUAAGCAGAGGAUGAAAGGACGAGAGACGGAAGAAGAGGAAGGCGACAAUGAUGCUGCUGCAAACCAGAGUGAAGCUGCUGAUGCAGUGCCAGAAGGUACCGAUGGAGCUGAGCUGACAGAGACUGUUGCUGGAAACAAUGAACCAGCAGCAGCUUCAGAGAAGGAAAGUCUUCCAAUGAGCAACCGGAUGAGGAAAAAAAUGCAGAAGAAGACAUCCUAUCAGAAGACAAAAGAGGAGUUUGAGGCAGUCAGAGAAAAACGAAGAAAAAAGAAAGAGGAGUACCUGAAGAACAAGCAGCAGAGAGAAGAAGCCAUUCGGAAAUACAAACAGAAAAAGCUGGAGGCGUUUCAGAUGCUGAGCAAAAAGACCAAGAAAGGACAACCCAAUCUGAACCUCCAAAUGGAAUAUUUGCUUCAAAAGAUAGAAGGAUCCGGGAAAUGACUCCUAAAUCAGAGCUGCUACUGGACCGUGUUUGUAUCUAACUGUGCUGUGUUGUAAACGAUUACCUGAUGGACAAUCAGGAAUGUGCUAUUCAAAUUAAAACCACUCUUUUCAGUGGUGUUUUACAUUUAGAGUGGCAGACUAAAACAUUCUUUUUUCUUUCCUUUUUUCUGAAAAUCUAAUACUGUGGCUUAUUUUAAUUGCUGAACCACAAGAGGGCGCUGUGAGAUAUGAAGAGAUGUGAAAAGAUGCUCAUUUUUAGUCAAUAAAUGUUGGAGUUUCCUGUAAA